CUCCCUCCCAUUUCCUCCUCUCUCUUUCUCUCUCUAACCCAUCACACGCUUUUCAAUUUUGACUCACAUUUUUUUCUUUCUCUCUCUCUCAUCAUAAAUAAAUUAAAUUUUCCGUGAAAAACGAAAUUAUAGAUCGGACCAAUCAAACAGAUCCGCACAAACUAACAGAAAAAAAACAAAAAUACAAAAAAAAAAACAAACAAAAACAACCAACAAAACUAAAAAACACAUCCCAAAAUUUUCUCUCUCUUCUUUCUUCUUCCUUUCUCUCUCCUCUUUGAUCCAUGGGAGAGAAACUCAAACUUCAAAAUCUUCAAAACUUCAAAAUCUUCAAACCAGUUAAUUAUAAUUAACCUCAAAAAUCCAAAUCCAUCUCAGAAAAGGAAUUAUUUUUCUUCAUAAUCUUAAUCUUAAUCGAUUCGAAUCCCUAAUUUUGUUCAAAAUCCCCAAAUCCCCAAAUGUGGUCUUGCAGAAGACCGAAAUUAAGACGAGGAAAAUCCGAAACUGUGUCGAUCUGAUCUGAGCACGAGCAGAUUCGAAAGUGAUCCGGUUACUGGAUCUGAAUCUGAUGGUGUUGGAUUUGAUGAAAUGGGUUUCGUUGUUGUUGUUAUUUGGGGGUUACUCUUGUUUUGCUAGGGUUGUUGUGGAUGUGAGGCUGCAUAUGCAUAAACGACGAUGCAGCUUCACUUCUCGCCUAGUAUGAGAAGUAUCACAAUAUCGGGCACAAACAAUGGGUUUAUUGACUUAAUGAAGAUCAAGGUCGCAGCUCGCCACAUUUCCUAUCGAACCCUUUUUCACACCAUUCUUAUCUUAGCUUUCUUGUUGCCCUUUGUGUUUAUUCUCACUGCUCUUGUUACCCUUGAAGGUGUCAACAAGUGCUCCUCUUUUGAUUGUUUAGGCAGGCGGUUAGGACCUAGGCUUCUUGGCAGGGUUGACGAUUCAGGGAGACUGGUUAAAGAUUUUUACAAGAUACUUAACGAAGUGAAGACUGGGGAAAUUCCAGCUAAUCUAAAGCUUCCAGAUUCCUUUGAUCAACUUGUUUCUGAUAUGAAGAAUAAUCAAUAUGAUGCGAAAACUUUUGCAUUCAUGUUAAGGGGAAUGAUGGAGAAAUUUGAGAGAGAAGUCAGAGAGUCUAAGUUUGCAGAGCUGAUGAAUAAACACUUUGCGGCAAGUUCUAUUCCUAAAGGGAUUCAUUGUCUGUCUUUGCGUUUGACGGAUGAAUAUUCAUCAAAUGCUCAUGCCCGUAAACAAUUACCACCUCCAGAGUUGCUUCCCUUACUCUCGGACAACUCCUACCACCAUUUUAUCCUAUCAACCGAUAACAUUUUGGCCGCUUCAGUAGUUGUUAAUUCUGCCGUCCAGUCAUCUCUGAAACCGGAAAAGAUAGUCUUCCAUGUAAUCACUGAUAAGAAAACUUAUGCGGGCAUGCACUCGUGGUUUGCGCUAAAUUCAGCUUCGCCUGCUGUAGUAGAAAUCAAAGGUAUUCAUCAGUUUGACUGGUUGACUAGAGAAAAUGUUCCCGUACUUGAAGCCGUAGAAAAUCAAAAUGGGAUCAGGGAUUACUAUCAUGGAAAUCAUAUAGCUGGAGCCAAUCUCAGUGAUACAAGUCCACGUAAAUUUGCAUCUAAAUUGCAAGCCAGAAGCCCAAAGUACAUAUCUUUACUCAACCAUCUGCGAAUAUACCUACCAGAGCUUUUCCCAAACCUUGAGAAGGUGGUCUUUUUGGAUGAUGAUGUGGUGAUUCAGCGCGACUUGUCUCCACUUUGGGAAAUUGACCUUGAAGGAAAGGUAAACGGCGCCGUGGAAACUUGCAGAGGUGAAGAUGAUUGGGUAAUGUCUAAACAUUUUAGGAACUACUUCAAUUUUUCACAUCCCCUCGUUAAAGAGCAUUUGAACCCUGACGAGUGUGCGUGGGCUUAUGGAAUGAAUAUCUUUGAUCUUGGUGCAUGGAGAAGGACAAAUAUAAGGGAGACGUAUCAUUCCUGGCUGAAAGAGAAUCUGAGGUCAAACCUGACAAUGUGGAAGCUAGGAACCCUACCUCCCGCAUUGAUUGCAUUUAAAGGUCACGUUCAUCCGAUCGAUCCCUAUUGGCACAUGCUCGGCUUAGGUUAUCAGAACAAUACCGAUAUCGAGAGCCUGAAAAAGGCAGCCGUUAUUCACUACAACGGCCAAUCAAAACCUUGGUUGCCAAUUGGCUUCGAACGUCUUCGGCCAUUUUGGACCAAGUAUGUCAAUUAUUCAAGUGAUUUUGUAAGGAACUGUCAUAUCCUGGAAUCAUAGUCCGCCGAGGAUCAUCUCUAUAGUUUGAUUUGUACAACAGUGAAUAUGAAAGGGACUGGAUUUCAUCUAAAAUUUUUUUGGGUCUUGAGAUUUUCUUCAAGACGAUAGAGAGAAAAAAAAUGGUCGAGGGCAAAGCGAUUAAAACUUUGUUGGUGGAUUUUGCUCUGCCAUUCCCUACAUUUUUGCAGACAGAGUUAUUAUUACAGUCUCUACAUGGGUUUGAGAAUCAUUUGAGUCCUUGAGUUGUGACAUGAAAAAACACAUCCUCUAUUUUUGGUUGGUGAAAAAGGAUAUACUAUUAUUGAUCUUCUAUGGAACAAAUAUAACAAAGAUUCCAUAGUUGAAUAUAUUGGAGAAUAAACUGAAUGGCAGAGAAAAAAAAGAGUCACCAGAACCUGUUUCAUCUAUCAUGUUGGUGUUGAGAACAUUACUACUAGGACAGUUAAAUUUGCGAGGUUCCCCACUCUAAAGAAUCAAUAUAGUUUCUUUAAAUUUUGUUGUUACUACCAAUUUUUACCUUCACCUACUUUGAUUUGUUGUUACCAUAUGAUGGUGAAUUCUAGGAGUAGUUCAUGAGAUUGCUUUGUUACACAGGUCCGAUGAAUCGGGGGAACUGUUUGUAGGACAUAUAUAUAUAUUGUUAUUCAUUAUGUAAGUCUACCGGACAUUGGAAAUGUGCAGGAAAUUCAUUUUUUCA